AUGAAGGAAACUAAGGGACCGCACACACGUGGAUGCCCCCUUCUCUCUGCCUCCCUUUUAGCAUGCUGGCACUUCCACACCACCAGUGCAAGUGUCAACAUUGAGUCCGUCCCACCCCAUGUGGUUGAAGGAGAAAACGUCCUUCUUCUUGUCCACAAUCUUCCAGAGAAUCUUUCAACCUUGGUCUGGUCCAAAGGGGAGAAUAUUAGAGACAAUGCGAUUGGAUUAUAUACACUGAGCCAAGAUGUAAGUGCUCCAGGGCCUCUACACAGUGGUAGAGAGACAGUGUACCACAAUGGAUCUCUGCUGCUCAGAAAUGUCACAAGGAAGGACACAGGAUUCUAUACCCUACAAAGUUUAAAUAGUCAUGAAGAUAUUGCAUCAAGAACAACAAUUUACCUUCAUGUGCACACUUCCAAUUGUGGGUGCCCUUCUACCUGUGCCCAGAUCACUAUUGAGUCAGUACCAUCCAGCAUUGUAGAAGGAGAAAGUGUUCUUCUCGUGGUUUAUAACCUCCCGGAGAAUCUUCGAGCCUUUUUCUGGUACAAAGGAGGCAUUGUGUCCAAGAAUAUUGAGGUUGCCUGGCACCAAAUAGCCAGAAAUACAACUGGGUUUGGCCCUGCUUACAGUGGCAGAGAGAUAGUGUACAGCAAUGGAUCCCUGCUGCUCCAGAAUGUCACCUGGAAUGACACUGGAUUCUACACCCUACGAACUCUGAGUAGAGAUCUGGAAACUGAACUAGUACGUGUGCAACUCCAGUUGGACACCUCCCAUUGUGGGCACCAUCCCUCCACCCAGCCCACUGUUGAAUCAGUUCCACCCAGCGUUGCUGAAGGGGGAAAUGCUCUGUUAGUGGUUCACAACCUCCCGAAGGAUAUUCGAGCCAUUUCCUGGUACAAAGGUGCGGUUGCAUUCAAGAAUCAGGAGGUUGCCCGACGCAAAAUUGCCGCAAAAUCAAGUGUGCUGGGCCCUGCACACAGUGGCAGAGAGACAAUGUACAGUAAUGGAUCCCUGCUGCUCCAGAAUGUCACCAGGAAUGACGCUGGAUUCUACACCCUCCAAACUGUGACCACUGAUCUGAAAGUUGGAUUAGUCCAUGUGAAACUCCUGGUGGACACCUCCCUUUCUGUGUGCUGCAACUCUCUCACUUCUGUCCAACUCAUGAUAGAGCCAGUGCCACAGAAUGCUGUUAAAGGGGACAGCGUUCUUUUCCUUGUUCACAAUCUGCCAGAAGAUCUGCGAGCCUUUGCCUGGUACAAAUUAGGGCAUAACAACCAGAAAUUUAAAAUUGCAGAAUUCAGCAGAGUCACAAAUUACAUCACCCAUGGGCCUGCCUACAGUGAAAGAGCAGUGGUGUACACCAAUGGAUCCCUUCUGCUCCAGGAUGUCAUGCAGACAGAUGCAGGAGUCUACGUGCUGCAAACAUUAAACAGAGAUUUCAAAACUGAAAAAGCAUAUGUCCAAUUACAUGUGUACACCUGCAGACUUCCUCCUCCCAAUGGCCAGCUCUCUAUUGAGUUAAUGCCAACAAAUGUCGCUGAAGGGAAAAAUGCUCUCCUACUUGCUCACAAUAUGCCUGAGAACCUAGUAGCCUUUCACUGGUACUUAGAGGUAGCCAUUCUCAACAGCCGUUUAAUUGCACAGAAGGAUACAAUUGAUAAUAAAAUUUGGAUUGCGGCUUCGUACAGUGGUAGAGUGACUGUGUACCACAAUGGAUCCCUGCUAUUCCACAAUGCCACCAAGGACGACACUGGAUUCUACUCCCUAGUAACCAUAAGCACACGUGUUAAAACUCAACAAACACAUGUGGACCUCCGAAUAUACAAGCCUGUGACACAGCCCUUUAUCCAAGUCACCAGCACAACAGUUACAGCACAGAGCUCUGUGGUCUUCACCUGCCUCUCAGGUGAUACUGGAGUCUCCAUCUGUUGGAUCUUCAAUAACCGAAAUCUGCAGCUCACAGAGAGGAUGACAUUGUCCCCGACAAAGUGCCAACUCAGCAUAGAUCCUGUCAGGAGGGAAGAUGCUGGAGAUUAUCAGUGUGAGGUGUUCAACCCAGUCAGCUCAAGGAUCAGUCUCCCAGUCAGCCUGGCCGUGACGAAUGAGUGA